CGCAUUAUCUUAUCAAAUUCCAGAGUCUCUCUCUCGAAGGAGCCAAACCUUUCUCUUUCUAGAUAAUUUCAUAUCACAAGAUUUUUAUGUAUUCUGAAAUGGAAAUGGAACGUGUGAUGGAGUUGACGAUGGAUCGGCGACCGAGGAAGAGGCCGCGUUUGGGUUGGGACGUUUUACCUCUGGAAUCUCCUAAGGCUCAGCUAGGACUAUUUUGUGGACAAGAGCUUUGUAAUGUGACAAGCAAUGCACCUUCAAGCGCAAUAUCAGAUCUUCCUAGUUCUCUCUUUGUUAAGGACCUGGCACAAAAUGGUUCUCCUCAGUGGCGAGAAGAUGACAAGGAUGGGCAUUAUAAGUUUGAGCUUGGAGAAAACUUAACUUCUCGCUAUAAAAUUCACAGCAAGCUGGGUGAAGGGACCUUUGGCCAGGUUCUAGAGUGCUGGGAUAAGGAAAAAAAAGAAAUGGUUGCUAUUAAAGUUGUUCGUGGAAUUAGAAAAUAUCGUGAUGCAGCAAUGAUUGAGGUAGAGGUGCUCCAACAACUUGGAAGGCAUGACAUAGGCGGCAAUCGUUGUGUACAAUUACGGAACUGGUUUGACUAUCGUAACCAUAUCUGUAUUGUCUUUGAGAAGCUUGGGCCAAGCUUAUACGAUUUUCUACGCAAAAACAAUUAUCGCUCAUUUCCCAUUGAUCUAGUUCGUGAGAUUGGCAGACAACUAUUGGAAUGUGUAGCAUUUAUGCAUGAUUUGCACCUCAUCCAUACUGACUUGAAGCCUGAGAAUAUUCUUCUAGUCUCAUCGGAAUACAUAAAAGUUCCUGACUACAAGGGUUCGUCAAGGUCCCCAAAGAGUGCUUCCUACUACAAGAGAAUUCCGAAGUGUAGUGCUAUUAAGGUAAUUGAUUUUGGUAGCACAGCUUAUGACAAGCAGCAUCAGACGUACACUGUAUCUACAAGACAUUAUCGAGCUCCAGAAGUUAUUCUAGGACUUGGGUGGAGUUAUCCCUGUGAUGUGUGGAGUGUUGGCUGUAUCUUAGUGGAGCUUUGCUCGGGUGAAGCAUUGUUCCAAACGCACGAGAAUUUGGAACACCUUGCUAUGAUGGAGAGGGUCCUUGGACCUCUACCCCAGCACAUGUUGAAAAGAGCGGAUCGACAUGCAGAGAAAUAUACUAGAAGAGGUAGGUUAGACUGGCCGGAAGGAGCGCCAUCUAGAGAUAGUAUCAAAGCUGUUUUGAAAUUGCCUCGCCUUCAAAACCUUGUUAUGCAGCAUGUAGAUCAUUCCGCAGGAGAUCUUAUUCAUCUAUUACAAGGACUUCUUAGGUAUGAUCCUUCAGAAAGGUUUUCAGCUUGUGAGGCUCUUAGGCAUCCUUUCUUCACCAAGGAUCAUCUAAGGAGAUUCUGAGAAAACUGGCCUAAUGCAGCUUCUGGCUGAGGAUGAGGCGCAUAUGGUUUCUUGCAGUGUGCAGUGAUUUAUUUGGUCCCAGACUUGAGUGAAGUGGUGCAUGGUGUUUGCCUUAAUUUUAUCCAGUAGAGAAACUAAUGUAAAAGUAGAUUCCUUCUACAAGAAAUGUAUAUCUGACAAUGCUUCGUUGAUUGCCUCUGGCGUGUACAUGUUCUGACCAGCUAAUCGAAAUGCUAACACGUCUUAGAUUUAUAAUUUUUAAGCUCCAAAUGAGUAGGAUGUGGUUUGACAACUGAAAUUGUACUGUUCUUGACAUAAUAUCUUAAUUUUCAAGAUGUUUAUAUUUUUGUUU